CGCCGCGGAGCUAACCACAGCAGCAGUGCGGGCGGCCCCCGGCCCCCCACCCCUUCCACGCAGCGCUCGCGACAAGUGCGCAGGGGGAGGGCGGACGCGGGCGGCGGGGCCAGCUGCGUCCCGAACUCGGGCACCGCCGCCUGCUUCUCUGGAAGCGCCUGGGAGCCCCGCCGCGCGGAGUCCGAAGUCGGCCACCAUGGAGGCGCAGGCGCAAGGUUUGUUGGAGACUGAACCAUUGCAAGGACGAGAUGAAGACACAGUAGCCAGUGCCGACUUCUCUAGCAUGCUGUCUGAGGAGGAAAGAGAAGAGUUAAAAGCAGAAUUAGUUCAGCUCUUUUUUUGUUAUUUUAGGAAUUCUCCUACUUUCAAAUCAUUUGAGGAGAGGGUUGAGACAACUGUCACAAGCCUUAAGACGAAAGUAGGCGGGGCGAACCACGGCGGAGGCAGCUUCGAAGAGGUGCUCAGCUCCACGGCACACGCCAGCGCGCAGAGCUCGGGGGGCGGGCCCCGGCGGGCCGAGGAGGAGGAGCUGCAGUGCUAGGGCAGCCCCCUGCAGCCGCCCCGAGCCCCGGCCCCGCCCAGCCGACCAAAAUCGCGCUGGGAAAAACCCAGGCCUUGACCUUGUUCUUCAAACGGCCUCUCCGCAGAGUUUAAUAAAAUGAUUUCCAUUUUGUAUUUGUGUUAAUGAUGGACCACGUGACCAUCACAUUCAGUAUUCGUAGACUGUCAUAAUUUAAAAUGUCCCCACUUGAGCAGGUACAAAAUUGAUCAUAACCCUUGUCUUUGUGUAAUUCAGCUUAUUGUAGCUAUUAAUGAUCCAAACUCGUAGCUAUUAAUGAUCGGCUUUGGUUUUCCCUUGGACUCCUUUAUGAUGUGCAUGUCUUUGAAGGCUGAGAGUGGUGAACACCCCCUUCCAGGUCGGUCAGGUGGGCGGGAUAGAGUUUUUCUGACCUUCUCCAGCAACAGGAUGGGUUCACUGCAAAUUUCAUCAAACUGCUUGCGAUCGCCCUCACUUGCAUCAAUUAUAUGUUUGUUUAAGCAAUUAAAAUAAUUGGUUUUAAUGAA